ACGGCCCAAACAGUUGAUCUACAAAAGCUGCGGCAUCAACAACGCAAAAAGUGAAACCGAAUUAAAACAGCCAACUCUGAACGGAUUCGGGGCCAAUCCGCGGACUUAAUCACCCCCAAAAGGUCAUCACAACAGUAGCCACAGUAGCAUGUGGCUGACCUUGAUCACGGGAGCUCUGAUCUUGCUCCUCACCUGGGACUUUGGACGCAAGCGGCAACGAGUCCUCGCCUUCGAGAAGUCCAAGAUCCCAGGACCCAUUUCCAUUCCGAUCCUGGGCUGUGGUGUCCAGGCUCUGCACUUGGGAGCGGAGAACAUUAUCGGAUGGGUGGGGGAAAAGUUCGACAAAUAUGGCAAGACCUUUCGUUUUUGGAUCUUGGGCGAGUCGCUGAUCUACACGAAGGACCUGCAGUACUUUGAGACCAUCUUGAGUAGCACCACUCUCCUGGAAAAGGGUCAACUCUACGAGUAUCUGCGACCCUUCCUAAACGACGGGCUUCUCGUUAGCACGGGUCGAAAAUGGCACGCCAGAAGGAAGAUUUUCACCCACGCAUUCCACUUCAAGGUCCUUGAACACUAUGUGGAGAUCAUGGAUCGACAUAGUGGCGUUAUGGCGGAUAAUCUGAGGAAGGUGGCCGAUGGCAAGACAGCGGUGGAUAUGCUCAAGUAUGUGUCGCUGGCAGCUCUUGACGUGAUAACAGAGGCUGCCAUGGGUGUACAGGUGAAUGCCCAGAACGACCCCGAUUUUCCCUACAUCAAGGCGCUGAAGAGUGUGGUCUAUAUCCAACCGGAUCGCAUGUUCAGGUUCUCGAGGCGCUACAACUGGCUGUUCCCGCUGGCGGCACCUUUGCUGCACCGCCAACUGUUGAGCGAUAUCCGCGUCAUGCACGACUUCACCGACAAGGUCAUCAGCGAGCGGCGAGAAACCGUGCGGCGGGCUAAGGCCGACGGCACCUACCGACCGCUGAGUCUGGGCGAUGCCGAGAUCGGUAGCAAGUCGCAGAUGGCUCUGCUGGACAUCCUGCUGCAGUCGAGCAUCAACAAUCAGCCCCUAUCCGAUGCGGACAUACGCGAGGAGGUCGACACCUUCAUGUUCGAGGGCGACGACACCACCAGCAGUGGUGUGUCCCACGCCCUCUACGCCAUUGCCAGGCAUCCCGAGGUUCAGCAGCGCAUCUACGAGGAGUUGCUGCGCGUCCUGGGCCCGGAUGCCUCCGCUCCAGUGACCCAAGCCCAGAUACAGGACCUGAAGUAUCUGGACUGCGUGAUCAAGGAGACCAUGCGACUAUAUCCGUCAGUGCCUGCCAUUGGUAGGCACGCGCAGAAGGAGCUGAAGAUCGGAGACAAGACCAUUCCCGCCAACACAAGCAUCUACCUAGUUCUCUACUACGCCCAUCGGGAUCCGGCCUACUUCCCAGAUCCCCUCAGCUUCAAGCCGGAGCGAUUCUUGGAGGACCAAGAGCAAGGCCACGAUACCUUUGCCUAUGUACCCUUCAGUGCGGGACCCAAGAACUGCAUUGGCCAGAAGUUUGCCGUUCUGGGAAUGAAGAUCCUGAUCAGCAAGGUCCUCAGGUUCUAUGAACUGCUGCCCCUUGGAGAGGAGCUCAAGCCCAUGUUGAACUUCAUCCUGCGCUCAGCUUCGGGCAUAAAUGUGGGUCUAAGGCCCAGGAAGUUUUAAAACCAUUAAAGUUUGCAAUUGCAUUGGGGUUUCGGUUAAAGGUAACUGGGAUGUUCGUGAUACUUAGUAUGUAAGCAUUAUUAUCUAAUCAUUAAAUACUUGUAACGCUGUUGCUUUAUUGGUAAAUAUAUCAGCUUAUUUAACACUUUUUUC